AAAUUUAUUAUUGUCAUGUACUCUAAGAGAUCACAAUCCUAUAGAAAUAAUGAUUCAUUGAAACUUUAUCCUAUCAGUCCUAGUGAUUCUCAACCUUAAGAAACUGAAUACAAAUAUUUGCCAUUGAUUACAAGAGUUAGUUAAGAAUAAUUAGACCCAAAGUGGUAGGAAUGUAAAAUUGAAGGUAAAAAUCUUUUACCCAGAUCGAAUUCAGCGAUAACUAUCUUAAACAAUUAGUAAAUAAACAUAAUAACUCAGUUUAUAUUUAUAUGGAGGGUAUUAGUAUGCAAUUGGUAUUAUGAAAGACUUCUAUAAGCUUAAUUUGAAUGGUCAAACUUAUGUUUGGUAAAAAAUAAAAUGUGAUUAUGAACCAGGACCUCAUUGUAGACAUUCUAUGUGUAGUUUUGAAGAUAAUAUUUAUUUAUUUGGAGGAUAAGUAGCUGACUCAAUAUCAACAAAUGAAAUAUUUAUUCAUGACGUCAAACAACAAUAAUGGAAAAAAAUAGAAGUUAAUAAAACUUAUCCAGCUCCUAUAGAUAGUCAUUGUGCAACUUUGUUAGAAGAUUAAUGGAUAAUAUUUGGAGGAUUUUAUGGUGGCAAUUAAUGUAAACACUCAAAUGAUUUAUACAGUUAUAAGUUUAAUGAGAAUAAUUGGAUUAAAUUAAAUAAACAAAAAGGAAUGGAACCUGCACCUAGAGAUGGUUCUUCAAUCACAAGUUAUAAUAAAAGUGUAUUUAUAUUUGCAGGUAAAAAUGGAGACAUGAGAUAUAAUGAUUUAUGGUAAUUUGAUAUACUGAAAUUGGAAUGGACAUUUAUUUCUAUAAAUAGUUUUAAUAAUAUUCCCAUGAGUAGAUCAGGUCAUUCAUUAAUUACUUAUUAAAAUAAAUUAGUUGUUUUUGGUGGUAUUCAUGAUAUUACAUGGGAACUAGAUGAUUUACAUUCGUUCAAUUUAGACAUCUAAGAAUGGAAAACUAUUAAUUUUGAUACUUCAAGAAGACAAGAACUAGAAUUACCUUCCCCUUUAAAAACAAAUAGAAAUCAACCUAGAUAAAGGAAAACCAAAAAAUUGCCAAUAUUACUUAGACCUAUGAGUUUAAGAAAAUCCCCAUGUCCUUCACCAAAAAAACAAAUUCGUUCUGGUUCCUUCUCAUAAUAUUCAUCUUAUUCUAAUGGUCAUAAUAAUUUUGUAAGUUCUGAUUAAAGUUAAUAUUAAAGUAAUCAAAACAAUUAAAAUAACUCUACUGUUCAUACUACUUUAAAUAAUGUUUAAGAAAGAAAAAGAUGGGAAUAGUAAAAGAAAAAAAUAGCUAUGUUAAAAUUAUUUGAAGUUGAAAACAGAGAGAUAAUGAAUUUUGAAGAUGAUUGCAAUGUAGCUGAAAAAUUAAAAACAUCUAUAAUUUUAAUUGGUAAUCCUAAAUAAGAUUUAAAAUUAAGAAAAGGAAUAUUAACAGAGUUUGGUUCAUAAAUUGUAUCAAAGUAUUUAAAAUUUAAUAUAAUUUUAGAUUUCUUUUACCAAUAACAGGAGGAUAGAAUACAAUUAAUGGUAAGAAACCUUGUGCAAGAGAUGGUCAUGCAGUUGCAGUAUUUAAUGAUUUUAUGAUAUUAUUUGGAGGUGAUAGACAUACGAUGUCUUUUAAUGACUUGUAUUAAUUGAACUUGAAUCAAUUUUGA